AUGCCCACCCGAACCGUACCCAGCCGAACGGCUGCUCCGAGGCCGACGGCCGCCUCUGCAGCGAAACCGGAUGCCGCUCCGACGAGGAAGCGCACCAGAUCCUCGUCCGGGAUGGCUACCGUCACGUCGCCCAAGCUAGACCCGGAUCAGCCGCCACCGCCGCCGCCGCUGUCUUCGGCGCCCAAGACACGCAGCAGCUCGUCUCCCAAGAAGGCACGCACCACGAACAACGGCAGCAGCGUCAAGGUGGAAGAAGACGAGGCGGCAGCAUCUACUCCCCCGCGCGCCACGGUCAAAAAGGAGGAGCAAGACAUCGAAGAUACCGCGCCCGCAUCGUCGCCGCGCAAGCAGACGACGAGCGAAAAGAAGCUCGCCACGUACAAGGCGUCGAUCCAGGGAAGCCCCUUUCCGGAUCACCCGCUUCCCACGGCGGAAGAGGCCGAGCGAGUGGCCUGGAUCCUCGGCGAGCACCACGGCUACAAGCGCGAGAGCGAGGGCGGCCGCGGCCUGCCCCAGUACACGUCGCCAAAGGGCGAAAACAAGUGGGGCGGCUGCGGCGACGUCGCCUCGGUCCUCGACGCCACGAUACGCACCGUGCUGUCGUGCAACACGUCGAACCGCAACUCGUCGGCCGCCCACCGCAGCCUGACGGAGCGCUUUGGAAAGCAGAAUUGGCAGGCCAUCCUCGACGCCGACGAGUCCGACGUCGUCGACGCGCUGCGCUGCGGCGGCCUGGCCAACAACAAGACCAAGACCAUCCGUGGCAUCCUGCGCGAGACAAAGGAGAGGCACGGCGUCCUCUCGCUCGACCACCUCCACCAGGCCACCGACGACGAAAUCAUGCAGGAGCUCGUCUCGUUCAACGGCGUCGGCCCCAAGGUGGCCAGCUGCGUCCUCGCCUUUUGCAUCGGCCGGCAGAGCAUGGCGGUCGACACGCACGUCUUCCGCCUGUGCAAGUCGCUGGGCUGGGUGCCCGAAAAGGCCAACCGCGACCAGACCUACUACCACCUCCACGAGCGCGUACCGGGGCACCUCAAGUACCCGCUCCACGUGCUCCUCAUCAAGCACGGAAAGACCUGCGACAACUGCUCCGCAAAGGGCUUCGCCACUGUCAAGGAGGAGCUGCCGUCGUCGGCCGAGGAGGGCUCGGCAGACGAGGGUGACCAGAAGCCAGCCGACCAGAAUGCGGUGGCGGUCAAGAAGGAGGUCAAGGAAGAGGGAGAUGUCCCGAUCGACAGGAGCAGGGGCCGUCCUUGUCCGCUCAAGGCUGCCGGCCUGCUGGGACGGCGGGGCAAGGCGCUCAAGCCCAAGGCGGAGCAGGACAGCAAGUCCGACGUGAAGGCAGAGGCCGGAGCCUCUGCGACCGACGAGAGCUCCCCUUCUAGCCGACGCGGCAAAUCGACGGUCAAGAGCGAGGUCAAGGAGGAAGCCAUGGAUGUCGAGGAGCCGUCUUCGGCUCACGAGGCCCUCGAAAAGGCCCAGGCGAUGUCGAGCGAUGACCUGCUCAAGUGCAUCCAGAAGCUGCGAAGCACCAGGAGCAAGAAUCCGCUCAGCGAAAGCCUCAAGAAGAAGAGGUACACGCUAGAACUGAGCCACGGCAAGAGCCUCUCGGCCGAGCAGCGGAAGCGGGUGUUUGCCAUCUUUGAGGAAAACAUGAAGAGCAUGUACCGCAACUCGACGCUCGGCUGGAAACCGGCGGACAAGAAGAAGGAGCUCUUCCACGCCUCGUCGCGCUUCCUCAUCAUCCGUCCGCCGGACGUGGGUGCCGAGAUUGCGGGCUACGUCAUGUGGCGCUUCGAUACCGAGCUCUGCAGCGCCGAGGAUCCACUGCACCCCGAUAGAGCCGCGGGGGGCGACCCGAAGGAGGAUGGCAAGUUGGAGAUCUCGUACCUCUACGAGAUCCAGGUAUCUCCGCCGCACCAGCGUGCCGGGCUGGGCAGGGAGCUCAUGCACCUCCUCUACGACCUGACGGCCCACCUCGGCCUGCACAAGGUCAUGCUCACCGUCUUCAACCAGAACAAGACGGCCUACAAGUUCUACCAGUCCGAAGGGUACGAGGUGGAUCUGAUUUCGCCCUCCAAGGAUGCGUCGAUGAAGGAUAGAGUCGACUACCAGAUCAUGUCCAAGCCGACCUAG